UCAGACAGGACGGACGGAGACAUGGACGGGCUUUGUCCACACUUCACUAUGAGGACGUUCUUCAGCGUUCUACUUCUGAUUGUGCUUCAAACAUCCACUGAGGCCCAGUCCAUCUGCUCUGUUCCUGAGUCUGUGAACUUUGCCGAAAACAACAUGGUGGAUGAUACCGUGGCAACUAUCACUCUCCAACCAAAUGUCACUGUCAAUUUCAAACCACCUCCUGCAAAUCCCAACAACCCAUUCAAGCUUGAUGGAAACCAGCUGAUAGCAGCAAGGGUGUUGGACUUUGAGACUGCAGAAACUCAUGUUGUCGAGCUCACCUGCACUGCAACCACAGGCCUCACGUUGAACGUCAUCAUUAUUGUGAUUGUGACCAAUGAGAAUGAUAACCCUCCAGUAUUUGCACAGAGUGCCUACAGUAUCAACGUUGACGAGCUGUCUCCUGUAGACAAAAGUGUAGGCCGCUUCACUGCCACAGACUUAGAUGGGACACCGCUCUACUACAAUCUGACAUCUGAACUUAAUGCCUUUAAACUGAGGUCAGCUACCAACCCGGAUAUCCUUGUUAAGACGCCUCUCGACUACGACAAAGUCAAAAAUGUCCAGCUUAUGUUAUAUGCUCAGGACACACCGUUGGAAUCGCCCAGUCCCGGCCCUUCGUUCACUGCCUCCGCCACCAUCAUGGUCACCAUCUUAGAUGUGGACACCAGACCGCCGUGGUUCCAGCCCUGCACGGAGCAUGAGGUCGGCGGAGCUUUGAUCUGCCAGAACUCCGGCUACACUGGCAGGGUCAACUUAAACGAACAAGAGAUCGGAGCGUUACCGCUGAAACCAGGACCGCUUUAUGCCAUUGACGGAGACUCUGGGAUAAAUGAGGAGAUAACAUACUCGUUCCUAAACGGAGAUGCUGGCGGCCUCUUUCAGAUCAACCCAAACACGGGGAACAUCAGCAUGCUGAAGCCAGCUGACGUGUUGGAGACUAUCAGUCUGACAGUGCUGGCUGCUCAGAAGAAGAACAGUUAUCAGUUUGCCUCCACCCCCGUCACAAUCAGUGUCCAGGUGAAGAGUCUCCACCCUCCACGCUUUCAGAGGUCUCAAUAUGAGGGCGUCGUCACUGCAGUGGGUGAAAUGGCAGUGGAUCCGAAGAACAAGGAUGAGCCACUGAAAAUCCUCGCCACAGAUGAUGACUACGUUGUCACUGGGGGUCUAAAUCCCUACAUCUCAUAUGACAUUAUUGGGAGCAGUGAUUUCUCCAUCAUUGACGGCUAUUUAUUUAUGACUAAGGAUCUCCCAGAGGAGACGUUAUCUCUGCAAGUGGUGGCAAAAGACAUGACUAACGACGACUCAGUUACAGCUCAGCUCUCAGUGGAGGUGAAAUCAGGUGUCACCACCACCGGUGUGCCUCUGAGCACUACAGACAGUAUGAACACGACGUCCAUAGGGGAAUCCACCACCAACAGCAAGACCACCGACGAUACCGUGUCCACCAUCAACCCCAGUACGCCCACUGACCCCAGCGUCUCAACUACCAUCUCCAAUAUGUCUACUGAAGGCAUUGUUUCAACCACUAAUCCCAGUCUGACCAGUGAAGGAAGUGUCAGUACAACUCACGCUCACACAGUGAUCAUUCCGUCCGGUGGCUAUGGGCCGACGGACAUGGCAGUGCUCGGUGCAACCCUGGGUGUCCUGCUGUUCAUCUGUCUGGUGGUCAUCGGGGUGCUCAUCUUUAACAUUAGGAGGGGCAAAGCAGAUUGGCGAAAAAUCUACGAAACCAGCAUGUUCCGAAGCUCUCUGGGUCAAGGUUCAGGGGGUCAGAAGGAGGGCAUACAGUACACCAAUGACGCCUUCCAGAAAGAUGAAGAUGGAGACAGCACUGGCUCCGGUGGUCCAGAGGGGGGAAGCGUAAUGGCUGUUGGAGAGCCACAGAAAGCAGCAGGGAACUUCACGCCCUUUGAGGCUGUCAUGACAUCUUCAGUGCCGCUGCACGCCCUCUUGAAUGACAACACCAGCCAGGCAGGCUCAGACAAGGCCGACAGUGAGAAGGAGGUGAAACCUAUCCUGACCAAGGAGAGACGCAUGGAUGAGGGAUACAAGUCAGUCUGGUUCAAGGAGGACAUCGACCCUGAUGCCAAGGAGGAGGUGGUCAUCAUUCCAGACAGCAGAGAGAGCGACAGUGAAGAGGAAGACGAGGAACAGCCAUCCAGCAGCAAAGAGGAGGACGAAGACGACAACCCGCAGAAAAAAACCCAGAGAGUCAUCUUUAACGAUGCAGAUAUGGACAGCGGACUCGGGGUGAAGAUGGAGGAUCCAGAAGGGGACUCAGAUGGUGACGAAAUGCUGACCGCUGAUCUGUGAGAGACGCCAAAAGGAAAGACGAGGACAUGGCGGGAACCACCCUUAAUAAAAUCUAAUGAUGAUUUAUCAGCAGUCAGUCCUGCAACACUCAGCCUUAUCAGUCCAUUACAGAGGACCAGUGACACAGAUCCAGGACUGAACACGCCUUAUGGAAAGAUAAAUGAACAUAAAUUGUGAAUCUGAAUUGAAUUUCCAAGCCUCGCCCUGUGUGAAGGUUUAGAUUUUGAGUAAAUUGAACCUUUUGCUACUUUUAUUCUUUAUGUAUAUAAUUCAUGUAGAGUAACCUGAUUAUAGGCUGCAGUGUAGUGGCAAAGGAGGAAUGGAGACGAAACGUUUGUAUGGACCCCUAGUGGUCAUUGCUAGUAUUGCAGGGUGUCAGUGGAAGAUUAAAAGUAUGUGUAUUCACUGAUUUAUUCUAACAAAAAAAAAAAUCAGACAUGUAUUUUAACUUACUUUUCAUUAUUAGAUUACAAAAAUCUUCAAGACACCAGCUGACAACCACUAAGGUGGAUUUAUAGCUGUGUGUUAAGGCAGUAUAGCUUCAGUAGGGCACACAGGUGCAUAGAGAUACACUUGAUAUAACUUAUAAAGACAUAAUAUCAGGUAACAGCAGGAGGAAUCAGCUAUUUUAAAAUAGUUUGUAUCGCAUCUACUUUGCAGAGCAACCAGUAAAUAUGGUUGGAAACUGGAAAGAGGAAAAGUCUGGGAAAAUAUCAAAUUUACCUGAGUUACUGGUAUUUUGGGUUAAUUAUUUACUGGUUGUGUUGGUUGUUCAUUGCUGAUGGGAUAUUUUAUGUCAUCUAAACCUAUAACUGCACAGAGAGAAACAGCAGGUGAUAAAGACAGAAACAUCUGUGUCUGUGAUAAUAAAACCCUCCCUGCUGAUAGUGAAGACUGUAAAACAUUAUGACUGAAACAAACUCUGAACUUCUAUUCAGUAAUCCACAUUAGUUGUCAGAAAUGUUUGUCAGCAGUUUCACUGAGAGAAUUAAUGCUCAUUUUGAACUUAAGAGCAGAAAACUGAUGUAAAUAAGUCUGUUGAUGUUUGACUCAAACCAAAAUUAAUUUUAAAAAAUGUAUAUUAAUAAUAAUAAACAUUUAAAACAUGGAA